UAGAUUUUUGUUGAGUUAUUUUGGCAAGUGGUGAAGUGAGUGCAAAGACGAAUUUUUAAAGAGAAAUUUGAGAGUGUUUUAUGCUACGCACUUUCCUGCAGUUGAGAAAAAUGUCCUCCACCUUGAUCCCCCAAGUGAAAGACGUUGAUAUCGAUCCUUCGGGAGUCUUCAAAUAUAUCCUAAUUAAAGUGACCAGCCCUAACAGCGACGGCCAGCUGGAGGACAAGCUGAUUGUUCGAGGAUAUGCCGAAUGCCCCUAUCACUCCGAUAUAAACGAUAAAGUGACCGGGGAACUGCAGCAGCUGAAGGCGUCGAAGGCCAUUCGCGACUGGAGAUCCAAAGUGCUAGGUGGAGGCCGAAUCAAUCACGACGCCGAAGCUAAGGAUAUAAAGGUCUACGGAUACUCACAGGGUUAUGGGAAGGCGGACCAUCAACUUACAGUGGACAUCCUGAAGAAGCAGUACCCAGAUUACAACGUAGGUUUCUCUGAUGAAGGCUACUAAUCCAAAUUACCAAAUACUUAGCACGCUAUUUCUUCUCGCAUUAUUUAUAUGAUUAUCGUUUAAGCACUGCUGUAAAUGUGAAGUACGACACUUAAGAGCCCGGUAUUUUGAAUAGAAUUAGACGGUUUCUGUGUGUUCACAGUCUAAAUUCUAAUCGCCGUUCGUCAGUUAACUAAUUGGACAUUGGAUAUUUUAUGCAAGUAUAUUCAUAGUCCUAAUCACUUAACCAAAAUGCUGACUAUUAAGAUAUUAAAAUUGGUUUAAUUAAGUUUUAAUCAAAUGUAAAGAAAACGAAUUGUUUAAAUAAAUGUGUUUUUUGAUU